AUGGCGAUUUCGACCUCGGCCGCCUUGGCCGUCGCCUUAGCUGCCGCCUUUCUCCUCCAUCUCUGCCGCAGCUACCCUUACAAUAAUAAUAAUCCGCCUGCUUAUUUUCCGAAUUGCACCCAUCACGAAAUCGACCUAGUCGCUUUCCCACUGAAUCUCGAGUACUUGGAGGCCGAAUUUUUCUUGUGCGGCGCUCUCGGCUAUGGGCUCGACAAAGCAUCUCCCGGCCUCAGCAACGGAGGCCCACCGCCCCUCGGCUGCCAAAAGGCCAACCUAACCGAUUUCGUCAGAGAUAUCGUCACCCAAAUGGCUUAUCAGGAAAUCGGACAUCUCAAGGCAAUAACACAGACGCUACGGAGUAUUCCGGGUAAUCCGGCAUUCUCGAGGCCGCAGCUUGAUCUGAGGCCAAAGGUAUUCGCAACUAUUAUGAACAACGCCUUUGGAGGGAAUACUAAACUCAACCCCCCAUUCGACCCUUACGCUAACGACUUGAACUAUCUUAUUGCAUCAUACGUCAUCCCUUAUGUCGGAUUAACCGGAUAUGUCGGGGCAAUGCCUUGCCUCUUCAGUGCACCUUUCAAAAGGCUUGUGGCGGGGCUUCUGGCGGUGGAAUCGGGUCAAGAUGCGAUUAUAAGGCAAAUGUUGUACGAAAAAGCCCAGACGGAAGUAGAUAAAUAUGGAUACUCGGUGGCUAAUUUCACCCAACAGAUUUCGGAACUCAGGGACAAUCUCGGAGGGCAAGGGCACAAAGACGAGGGUAUAUUAGUCCACCCGAAAGACGGUGCCGAGGGAAAGAUCGCCGGGAAUGUGCUUGCCGGUGAUGUUGAUUCGGUGGCUUUCGACCGAAGCCCCGAAGAGAUUCUCGCCAUUGUUUACGGGACCGGAAAGAUGUGCCUGCACGGUGGACUUUUACCCGAAGGAGGUAACGGGAAUAUAGCGAAAAGCUGUAACAAUAAGAGAAACUGA